AUGGAGCGAUUCGAGGUCUGCUCGGUCACCGCCAUGUCCGAGAGCCCCCAAAUCAAGAUCCUGGCGCCGAAAAACGAAACCUGCAAAAGUUCAAUCGACCUGCAAGACUUUCUACACUAUUCGCUUGUUCCAUCAGUUGCCAUCGUUAUAGUGCUAUCGUGCCUUGAGAAAAGACCUAGAAGGCCUAUUGAUGAACAAUGCCCCCUUCUCAAGACCCAGUGUGGGACUCUGAUACCCUUGGAUUUCGUAGGGGCAUUCCACAAUCGGUGGUCACUGGCCUUUGCCUUUGGUGCUACAGCCAACAAGGUCAUGAUCCUGUUCUCAAAAGGAUCCCUCCCUGUGCAAGUGCCCCAGUGGGCUCGAGCUUUUGUGAUUCUAGUCUGUGCCAUGGAAGUCGGCCUUUCUUCCUAUCCAUUCUUCACCUGCCUUUCAACACAUUUCCAGAUCACAGGAGCCGUGCUUGGAUUCCUUUAUACGGGGUCUUGGUUUGCAGUCAUAGUGUUGAACACUGUGCAGUGCCCACAUGGACAAGUAAUGGGGGAAUAUGAAACAAUCAUUUUUUACUGGCCUUCCUUGCUCUGCCUGGUUUUCCUGCUGGGCAGAUUUAUCCACAUAUUGGUGAAAGCGUUAUGGGUCUGUCUCCGGCUGGGUCUUCCAACUGAGGAGACGUCAUUCCCUGGGAUUCAUCAGAUUCAUUAUGUCCAGCAACUGUUGAGGAAGCCUCCAAAGCAGCAGCCUCCAAAAUCCUGGAUUCAGCGGAAGGUGUACAAAUGGGACCCUUACUUUCGAUUCCCCAGCAGAAUGACCUGCAUGGCUGGGCUGGCCAUAAUCUGCCUCUACAUGUUCGUCGUAAUGGAGUUUUACGUUAAGAAACGUGUGUUACAUACAUUGAACACUCUGGAGGAGCAUUUUGAGAUGCUGGUAGCUGCCAGGAAUGCAUCAGAAGUACUUGCGUCAGCUGUCGAACAUUUGAAAGAGUUUAUUGAUGUCACAGAAGAGGUCUGGAUUGUCACUACCUUCACCACCUGCCUCACCAGCGUCAGCUACGUGUUCCACAUCUUGGCUUGCUACAGAAAACACAUGAAGCGACUGUGGGCAGGGGAGAAGCAAUUCCUUCCGUUGAGUUCUUACAAACUUUCUCACAGUGUGGCAGCAAUAGCAAGAUACUCGGGCUGGCAAAUCGCAUACCUUUUAUGGGGGUACCUGAUCAUCCACAUUGUGUCCACCGUCUUUGGAGUGAUCCUUGUGUACAGUUUUGUUUUGCUCAUAAAACACGGCCAAGUGUUAGAAAUUGUGAAAGGCUUGGGAACUGGGAUCCUCACAGUUGGCAUUAUGGUAGGCCUCAUGGUGCUGCAGGUUGCGAUGGCCACAAGGUUCUUUCUUCAGCCAAAGAUUUUACUGGAUGACAAGGAAAAGCCGUUGGCUCUUGACAACAGGAAAGCAUUCCACAAUUUCAACUACUUCUUUUUCUUCUACAACGUCUUACUGGGCCUGAGCGCCUGCCUGUUCAGGCUGUUGUGCAGUGUGGUCGUGGGAGCCUGGCUGAUUGCUCGCAUUGACAGGACGAUCAUGCCCAGAGGGUAUGAAGCAGCCGAUAUGGGAUUCAGGACCUGGAUUGGAAUGCUCCUGAUGGAUCACUACCACACAAAUCCCACCCUUGUCUGUUUUUGCCAUAUCCUUGUGGCCCAAAGCAGAGUGAGACAUCAGCAGAGAACCACAAGUUACCACUGCUUCAGUAAUGACACAGAUUUUAGGGUGUCGAAGAAAGCCAAGAUAAGAUGGCAGCUCCUCUACACCCUCCUGAACAAUCCCAGCCUCUCAGCAUUCAGGAAACCAAAAUGA